ACCGGACCAGUAAUAGAGCUCAGCGACAGUGAAGACGUCGACGCGGCUGACGACGGAGAGGACGAGGUGCAGGCUGAGUACUGUGAACUGCGCGACGCGGCUAAUCUCCCAGACGCCAAUGGCCGUAUCUCAAUCGGCUCCUCCGGCAGUGGAUCCGAGGCUCAAACCCUUUUCCUUUCCCCCCAUAUCACCCGUAUCAUCAAGCCCCACCAAGUGAGUGGCGUACGUUUUCUCUACGACAAUCUCAUCGAAAGUCAAUCACAAUUCGAAACGACUGAAGGAUUUGGCUGCAUUCUCGCACACAGCAUGGGAUUGGGCAAAAGCGUUCAAAUCAUCGCCUUCCUUGAUGUCAUCUUCCGUUACUGCAAGGCCCGCAGUGUACUUCUCAUCGUUCCAAUCAAUACACUUCAGGUGCGUUCCUGUUUUUAUUUAUCUGCGAGUCGUACCACUGUCAAUGACUCGAUCCUGUAUUCUUUUAGUUUCUUCAGUUAUUGA